AUGAAAUAAAAAAAUAUCGAAAUUGAAGAACAACUUCAUGAAGUCCGAUUUGCGGAUUCUAAAUAAAUUAAAAAUAAAUUUCUGUCCAAAUUUAGAAAACCAUAAAGUUUAGAAGUUUAUAAUUAGAUAAAAAAAAUUCGUAUAAAUUUAAAUAACAGCUAAGCCUUUUAAUUAAGCCAAGAAUUUCAUGAUAAUGAACUAAAAUGUAAAUUGUGCAAAGAUUUUUAUAUAAAAUUCACAAUAGCUUCAUGUGGACAUUCAUUUUGUUAUUAUUGCAUAUUUGAGUAUUUACUCAAAUCUCAUGUAUAAUUUCAAUAUAAAAAAGAAAUGUCCAUUUUGUCAUACUGUUUUGAAAGGCUUACAAUUUAUCUAUUGUAAAACAAUAGAUUAAUUUAUUGAGAAUAGUAAAAUACUAAAAAAUAAUUCAACAAUAUUAAAUAGAAAAAAAGAUUUUAAAGAAUGGAAGUUAAAAAGAAAGAUAACAAAUUUUAAACAGGGAGAUUCUUUAGAUAUUUUAGACACUGAACAUAUCUGGUGUGUUGGAUAGAUAAUCGAAAUAAAAAAUUAAAAAGAAAUGCUAGUCCAUUAUAAAGGAUGGAAUAAAGCCUAUGAUGAAUAUAUUCCAAUCUCUUCACCUCGUUUAUCCCCUUUGGGUCUAUUUACAAAUAGAACUGGUACUAUUAAAUUAUUAUUAAGAUAUUUUACUGUAUUAGCCAAGCUUGAAUGAAAAUGCAAUGUCUAAUUAUGUUAGAUAAAUUGCAUCUCAAAAUUAAGACAACGAUUAAUUUAAUUAUUUAAUAUUAUAGUAACAAACAUCAAAUUCAAACAUUAUUUUAGCAAUUGAGUCCCCUAGUAGAAAUACAUUAUCAAAUCUAUUAUAAUUAGUUAUUAUCAUUAGAGAAAUACGUGAUGAAUUACACAAUGAAUCAUGA